AUGGAGCACAUUCAUGGCGUUGACGUGAGCUGGAUGACCCACGGGAAUCCAAAAGACAAGACAACCAAAGUGACGACGCGCCCGAGGUCACUGUCGCAGCUGAGCCGCGGUUCUUUGGCCCAGAGUCCGCCCCUGCCUUCACCACUUACUCCCCCAGCAACUCCCAAUGGCCCUCAGAUAGUGCAAUCCGCCGCCGCCACAAUACCCCCGAGCCCGAGGCAAGCGAUCGCAGUGCGCCCACCAUUGUCAAGGCCCAACGCGGACGAGAAGGGGACGCUGCUUUCGUCGUCCGCUCCUGCCCCGAGCCCCGAGCCCGUCACCUCCCCUCCAAUCCCCCAGAGGAGGGGUUCUUGGUUUUCCAACAUCUCGUCCAAGUUUUCCUCGGGCACAGGAAACAGCGGUCAGAGCCCUCCGCAGGCCAACACGGCGUCGCCUAAACCCGCCGAAUUCUCAGUACCAAAGUCAAACCCGGUCAAGAACGCCGUCUUGCAGCAUGCUUCUAAGCACGAAGGUGAGGGGCCGUACACCCCGGCACCGCCCCGAUCCACCCAGGCCGGAAUCAUGCACGUCUUUCGGAGGCUAUCCUCGUCCAACGGAACACUGAGCCCCGGCGUAAAACCCCACAAUCAUGGGCUAGUCGAGCGACGGGUCCUAAAUGUGGAUCGCAACCGAGAGCGCUGCGACAUUUCGGGCCUGCAGCAGGCCAAACUCCGGAGAGUAGCCUUUUGCGUCGACGUAGAGAUUGCGCCCAUGCCCAAGUACAUGGAUGAGUCUACUGAGAGGAAACCGGCCGCCAAGGCUGUCGCCAAUCCCGAUAAGGACCAAAAGCGCAAAAUUAAGGAGAAGGGCGAGGGAGAAGCACUCAAGAAUCCCAGCGUGGUGGUAGCCCAGAAAGAGGAGAACGGCGAGGUCGCUGCCACGGGUGAGGAGCUCCCCAAGGAGCCCACUGUCGAGGGCACCGACGGCCCUAACAGUAUCAAAGAACUAGAUUUAGUUCCAGAAUCAAACGAGACGCCCGGCUCCGAAGGCUUGGCUGACAAGACGACUUCUGCUGAGGCGAAGAAAAAGGAGAAGAAAAAGAAGAGCGAAGAAGAGAGGAAGGCAAGAAAGGAGAGGAAAAGGAAGCUUGCUGAAGCGAACGGCACCAUUCCCAUGGAAAUUUACGUGGACAGUGAUUCGUCGUCAAGCGGUUCCAUCCCACGCCCGUCGACGCCGAAAACGCAGGCUGUGCCAACAACCAACCCAGUUAGAAUCUAUCGCCGGUGUUGCCAGCUCAGAGAAACGCCGAUACUCAAAAAGAUCACAGAGCAGCUUUUGGACCCGGCGAAUUCGUCUGUUGAGCCCGGCAUGGUUGAAAAGCUCGACCUUACCGGGUAUUGGAUGCAAUUGGGUGACCUGGUGACGCUAGGCGACUAUCUGGCUGUGGUUCCCGUGAGAGAGGUCAUUCUGGAGAACUGCGGCCUGACAGACGAGGGUCUUCGUGUCAUCCUGGCAGGCCUCUUGGCCGCCAGGAAAGUCUCGGCCAAGAGGCGGAAACCUCCGACCGAACCUGACGGGCUGGCACCGCAAGGCGGAGUGGUUGAGCGGCUCGUGCUGAAAAACAACAAGGCCGGCCCCGAAGGGUGGAAGCACAUCUGCCUAUUCCUCUAUCUAUGUCGGACGCUCAAGUGUCUGGAUCUAUCAGGCAUACCACUGCCCCGGCCUGCCGCCCCGGCCCCCGGAGCCGCAAGCCACGUGAAUGGAAACGCAUACCGGACACGCCCGGACCAAGAUGUUUGCCGCCUCUUGGCCAGGUCCCUCGCAGAACGACUUGGGGGUUCCACGUUGGGACUGCUGCACUUAGGCCAGGCGGGUUUCAGCGCAGAACAGCUGGGUAUUGUCAUUGACGGCGUCAUAAAAUGCGGCGUACGGAGACUGGGCCUCGCCCACAACGAUAUCGAUGACGAGGGCAUAAAACACGUUGCUAAAUUUAUAAACAGUGGUCAAUGUGAAGGGCUGGAUCUGGGCGGCAAUGACAUGAGAGAUCGGCUUGGCAUUAUUGCCGAUGCUUUACAGGCCAAGAACUGCCCCUUGUGGGCGCUGAGUCUGGCAGACUGCAACCUCAAGCCGUGGUCCUUGUGCAAGCUGAUGUCGAUGCUCGUCAAGCUUCCGCACUUCAAGUUCAUCGACCUUUCGCACAACCACGAACUCUUCAACUCGAACCCCAGCGCAGUGUCCCUGCUCAGAAGAUAUCUCCCCAAGAUGGCUUGCUUGAAACGCAUUCACCUCGCCGACUGUGCCAUGACCCCCGAGCAAGUCAUUUCUCUGACAGAGAUCAUUCCCGAAGUCCCUGGCCUUGCCCACAUCAGCUUCCUGGAAAACCCGGCACUGGUACAGCUGACGACUAAUGCAAACACGGACGAAAUCAAAGAAGAAGCAUUCGCACUCUUCGCGUCGUUCUUGGCGGCUGCACGAGUUUCUAAAAGCCUCGUGGCCGUCGACAUCGAGGUGCCCAGCGAGCAAUCAAGUGAUCUCAUCAAGGCCAUGGCCAAACACGUGGUUGCCUACUGCCUGCGCAACAUGGAGCGGCUUCCCGUGGGGGAUCUUGCUGCCGUUGCUUCAGCUACAGAAUCGCAGGUGCAUGAGCCCGAGUACCCAGACGUGCUGCAGCGCCUCAUUGGCCAUGACGUCAUGCAGCCGGUUGACUUGGACGCCGACGUUGAUGUCGCGCCUGACGAAGAUUAUGUUAUUAGCGGUACCGGCGUCGUCAAGGCGCUGGCGUGUUGUUUGAAGAACCGUGGCGACGAGUCGCGAAGGCAGUCGGGAGAAUUCAUCCGGGAUUUUGAGAACGGUAUACCGGAGCCGAGACCCGACAAGCUGCCGACCGGAAAGGCGAAGGAGACGUCAAAGCACCUGCUAUUCAGUGCCAGGAAGAUCAGGCAUCGCUUACAGCCGGCAAUCAGCAAGGCCAAGGCGGCCAUGGUCGAUGACCAACAUACGUACCAUCGUCUGAUGUUCCUUGAUAACACGCUCAAGGGCAUUAUCAAGCGGUUCGAGGACGAGUUCCCGGACACACGAGAGUCCAGUGAUAGUGCUGUCAGCCUGUCGCCUGCAGAGGACGCCGACUACGACGCAAACGCCCCAACCCCGCCCUGGAGCGCCGGACUGUCGUCUUCCGACCUACAGGCUGGCGCCAUCUCGGACAACGAAGACGACACAACCACAGACGGUCUCGCAAUACGGGCGCCGCUGGUGCGGUCCAACUCUGCCAUUAGCCUCACGUCCAAGGCGCUCGCCGACGAAGAGGGCCGCGUUCUGCGCGCUGGCCACCAGUUCCGAGUCGGCAUCGUCAAGCCCGAGCACUACGCCUUGCUAACAGGUGUCGAGAUGGUUGGCGCCGACCCAAAACAUGUCCGUAUGCUUCACGAGCUUUUGGACGAUCUCGGCGACGCCAAUGGCAGCUAUAUGGCCGCCGAUGUCAAAGAAAAGGGCGUCGUGCGCGUCUUCCAGGAGAACAGGGAGGACCUUCUCCAGAAACUUCGCACCUUGGACCCCGUCUAUUGGGACCGCUUCGUCGAAAGUCAGGAAAUGGCACGAGCCAAUGUCCAGGUUUCAGGGGCACGGAGCCCCGAAGUUCUUGCGAACAUGCCUUCUGAUGCCGCCAGGGGGGAUAUGGCCGGGUCUGAAGAAGCUUUGGUUGAUGAAUAG